AUGGGCCAAGGCCGCCGCCGGCAGCCGCAUGCCGGCGAGAAGACGCCGCAGUCGCCAGCGCCGAAGACUCCUGCCAGCCAACCGGGAACAGGCAAGCCGAGGCGCCGGACCACCACCCGCCGGCAGGCGCACAACCGCCCGGGGACGGCGCCGGCCGUAGCGCUGCCCACGCAGCCGCCAGGACCAGGCGCAGAUGAAGAAAAAUCCGGGGCCGCCGCCCCGGCGCACGCUGCCGGAUCGAGCCCGAAAAGGCCCGGAUCUAGCCCACAGGGCCGAGCUCGAGCGGACGGCAGCAGCGCCGGCCGCCGCACGCCGCUGCGCGAGAUCGACGCCGCCCUUUGGAGAUGGGGGCCCGCCGCCACCGCGGCAGGGGCCAGCGGCAGCGGCGGAAGCGGCGGCCGGACGGGGAGGCUACCGGCGGCGCGCGAGGUUUCCGCCCCCGGCGUCGCCUGGGGAGCGACGCAAGGAGCGCGGCUUUUUCUCUUCACAUUCUAG